AUGUCGCUGCCACCACCACCGCCGGCGCUUUCCUGCGGCUCCACCGCGCCGAUGACGACGGUGCCGCCCCUCACCGCGCCGAUGACGACGACGCCGCCCGUCACCGCGCCGAUGACGUCCGCCGCCGGAACAACCGCGCUGGCAGGCCUCGUCUCCACCGUGGCCCCGGCCGCGCCGCCAUCCCCAGUGCCCUCUGCGCCACCGCUGUCCGCCGUCUUCACACCGGAGCAGGUCACGGCUACUCUGCGGGACCUCGUCACCACCGUCCAGGGCCUCCACCUGCAGCACUCCACCGGGCGGCCCUCCGGCUGUCGCGGCGCCCCUCUGGCCCUUGGUGCCGACGCCGUCAUCGGGCCCCUGGCCGCUCCAGCAGAUGCCGCAGGCGGCGGCCACCGGACCGCUGCAUCCUUGCACCGAGCAGCCGCUGCUGCCGUUCUAGGCGGGACACCCGGCGAGACCACGCCGGCCGCGGCCCCUCUAUGGUACUUGCAGCCACCCACCCCCGUGGCCACCGACGCCCCCGCCCACUCCGCGCCACCAACGCUACAACCACCGGCACCGCCCUUGCCUAGCUCGGGGGCACCCCCGCCGACCGGCCUCCCGCUUCAUCAGGUCCGGUUCCCGCCCUCCCCGUCGCCACUUCCAGCGUGGGCGGCUAGGUCUUCGCCUUCGCCGGUCUACACCACGGCCCCCGCACAGUCGACCCCGUUCCCACAGUUUGGGGGGCCAUCGGGUUCCGCCGGUCCCUACCCGGAGUACUCCGACCAGGCGCCACCCGCCUCGUUGCUCGGCACCUCCGAGCCAGCUCGAUAUGGUGUUCCCUCCCAGGCGCCGCCGCGGUUCGCCAAGAUCGACUUCGCCACUUAUGAUGGCACGGAGGACCCCCUCAACUGGCUCAACCAGUGCGACCAGUUCUUCUGCGGGUAG